AACAACUUCCUUCAUCCGUAAUCAUGAAUAAUAUUACUUUCAGUUCUGCAUUUUACACUUUUAAGAUUAAUGGUGCAGCAUCAUGCAGUAAAACAUUUAGAGGAUGCCCAAGCGACACGCCCCACAGCCACCCCCCACUGGUGACACACCUCCCGAUUCUCCAGCCCCUCCCCCUCCUGGUCCACUUACCCAGAAACGCAGCCAAUCAUCUCUUGGAAGUCGGUCCUCUGUUAGUACUCAGGGCUCAGACAUGGGGCACAAUUCAUUAGACGGUCGGCUCGAUUACAGGAAACUACGAUAUUUUUACUCGAAUUUCACAAACCAAGAAGAGGUUUGUCAGUAUCUGAGUCACCAUUCCAAGAAAACACCGGGGUUUUUCCUGCUGCGGCCAAGUUUUAGCAACAGAAGUUCAAUCUCCAUAUCCACCAUUGUGUCUGAUAGGACUGUUCGCCAUACAAAUAUCAAAAUUGAAGGUGGCUCAGGAACAAAAUUUUUCUAUUUAGUACCAGAAGUAAAGUUUCAUUCAGUGCAUGAACUCAUAACAUAUUAUUCACAAAAUGAAGUGAAAAAUCUGCAGAAAGUGAACAAUGUGCGCUUCUUGUAUCCAUUGGAAAAGCGGAAUUCAGAGUCUCGAAAUGGAAGUGUUUCACAGGAUGGAUCAGGUAGCUCAGCUAGUGGUAGCCAUUAUCAAUCACCACAAGAUGUGUCGGCUGGGGCAGAACAUCCCCCUGCUCUACCCACAAGGCCCCGGGACUUACCCCGCCUCUCUUCCCAGCAGUCCCUAGGGUUACACAGUCCUAGUAGUAAUAGUUUAACCUCCUUUGGAAGUCCAGACGGUAUGCACAAUGGCAGUGUCUCAGGCAGUCAGUUGUCCCUUGCUAGUGGGGGAAGUGGUAGCAGGGGUCGACAUCAUGCAUCUGCGUCUUCAAUAGAUUCUCGUCCUCCUGCUAUGCUUCCUCUUGGCCAUACUGGUAAAGAUGGCAACCCAUAUUAUUCAAGUCCCAGAAAUGUGGAUGAAGACAUUACAGAUAGGUUGAAAGAGGUACUGAAACAAAGUGAAGUUUGUGAUUGUGGCAUUCCAAGAGACAAAGCUGAGCUUCCUUUGGGCUGGCAAGUGCACCGAAGCAAAGACCCUGCUACCUUUGGAAGAAUCUUCUUUCAGAACAACAAAGGUCAGACCUCCUGGAAGCUUCCAGCAGAGGUGCACAGUAGACUGAAUAUUGUGCAGCAACAGAAUCUAGAAGAAUUAAGAAAUGAGAGCAUGCAAAUCCCAGUGACUCCAACUAGAAGAGUGAUUAGUGAUGUGACAAAGUUCUAAAUUGUGCUGACCGCAUAGUCAAGGAUGUUUAAUAUGCAGUGGCGCUCAAAUACAUUUGUGAUAUUACAUACUUCAUGUGAAUCAGUGGAAGUGACUUCUUUUUUUUUAAAGACAAUUUGCUGGCUGUGAUUUUAAUACUGAAUCAGAAAUUGUGUACCAUGAUGGUAAAACCGUAAUAUGCAGGUCAAUCUCUUCCAUGGAAAUCAAUUCCUGGUAUCAUGUUAGCCAGGAACUGUAAUGAUGUCAGAAUAUAUAUGUGUUGUGAUUUCAAUGAAGUCCCUGUUAUCCUAAAACAGAGAUAGGGAGAAUUCAUUUCUUCCUUGUUUUCAUAGUUAAAACAGUGCUAUGUAUUUGACCAAAGCAUUCUAUAAAGGAUGUGUUAAAAAGGAAGUGAAGUUGAAGUGGCAUACAAACCUUUGCAACAAAAUGUGAAACUAUCUUUGCAGGAAAUUAUACACAUCAAUUUAUUGCUUUCCUCAUAAUUUCACUUUUUUUUUAAAAUUUGUGCCUUCUUUCAAUCAUUUCUAUACAAUCUGAAUAUUAUGUCCAGUAAUAACCCCUUCUUCAUCAUGUUCAUAGUCAUGAUUAUCAAUGUAGCAUUAUUGCACAUCUCUAACAUAAAAUUUGGUUAUGCAAUAUACAUGCAGCUUUCAUGAACAAUUACAGAUUAUUCAUAUUUAAUGAAUGUAUGUAUAUCUAUAUUUGCACAACUAACACCCCUGUCAGCUGUUUUAUUUGAAAAAUAUAAAUCCUCUCAAGAAGUCCAUUAUACGUUAGUCAGGCAGUACAUUUAUCUUGCAUCACGAUGAUCACAUGCAUUCAUUUGUACAUGUUGUAGUGUUUCUUAGCAUGAAUUGAUAAGUCUUUGAACAUUUAUUUUUAAAAUCGAUAGGUAAAGGGAAGUUUUUUUUAAAUUAAAUUAGAAAUUAGAUAAGUCAUAUGUUUGUAUAAGAUUGUACUAUUACUUGUAAACCAUUCAAUUCUGGCUCA